GCAACAUCUCAUCCAUGCUGCUUGGUCUAUUUGGCCGACUGGCUGACUGGCUGGCUGCUUGCUGCUUGACUGGUGUUUGGUUGGCUAGCUAUAGCCAAAGCCGUGCGGCGGUUGGAGCCGGGCCGUUCUGGCAUCAGUUCGCGUCGAACUGGCAUCGUAAGAGGUUGUCCGGCGGUGAGCUUCCGAUCGCGUUGCUGCGUUGGUUUGCAUGUCCGUUCGAUAUUCUUGUGCGUUUGUUGUUGUGACUGGUUCGGUCCGGUCCGGUUCUGAAGGGACCGGUGGUUACCACCCUUCCGACGUAAAUUGAGGAUAGGCGAUUGGAAGGCGCCUGAGGUGUGAAGUGUGUUUUUGGGGUGCUAGCGGGUGGAAGAACUUGAUUGAGGGUGGCGUUGGAGUUUGUUGAAGUUCUGCGAUUGAAACUGUUUUCAAGUGAAGUGGCUAGUGUGAUUAACCGAAAUUGUGGUGGACCUCAUUCAGUCGUCGAGGUCAAUCCCAAAUUGAAGUCAGAUCUCUCUAAUCUCGGAUCGGAGGAAUUUUGGCCUCCACCACAAGCUGGAUAAUCGGAGAACCCGGAGAAGGCACGUGAAGAAUGUAGUGCAAUUUUUUUUGGAAAGUAACGGAAGAUAAUUCGAAAAAGUGUAGAAGCUACGCCCAAAGAAGAAGCCAAGAGAAAAGCAAGCAAAUAUAACUGGUGAUUGAUAAUUGAGUGCUCCGGGGGGAAGAAGCAUCAAUCUCGGCAUCAAGAAGUGCAAAGUGGGAAAAAGUAAGAAAUUGAUGUGUCAUGUGAAAACAACCAGAUAUCUACGCCGCAGUGCACCCGUUUGUUCGACAAACCCCGCGAACGAAGAGUUAAUACCGGAAACGGAUUCCCGUUGAUUGCUCCCGGUGUGAGUGAUUGUGUGUGUGUGUACAAGGUGUGUGAAAUUGUAAAAGCGUUCGUUCAACUUGCUCAGCUAUCGGGCGAAAAGAGGAUAAUACACCCCACAUUGGGCCCGAAGUGUUGGUUCCCUGCUGCCUGAGCUGCCUACUCCAACACUUUGCAGAAACGUGAUCCACGGCAAGCGGUCGAUCGAUCGAUCGACCGAUCGAAGCAGCGAGGAAGCAAUUAGGUUUUCUACAAAUAAAAAGAAUGCUUCACCGUGAUGGCACCGAGCGGAGUGCUUGAUUAGCAACCGAACCUUUUCCUGCGCAUAAUCAACUCUCCAACCCCCACAGCUCCUCCCGGAAGAAGGAAAUACGCCCAACCGUACCACCCAUCUUCCCCAUCCCGGUGCUGCUGCUGGUGCUGGGUCAGGCCCAUUAUGAUGGAGCUGCAGCAGGUGCCAACCGAUGGCGGAACCAUCGUCAACCGUUCCCUGAUCUAUUUGGCCAUGGUAACGGCAGCCUCGAGCACCAGCUUCGUCACGGCAACCGAUCAGGACGACGGUGGUGAUUGGGCAACAACCCACAAUGGAACCAACAGCGUGCUGGACGUUCUGCUCCAGCAGCAGCCGGCCGUCGGCGUCGUUUCGAUCAACGACUCAUCCGGAGGCGGUGGCGGCGGCGGCGUCGGCGACGAAAUGAUGAAUGAAACCUUUGGCACCAAAGCCGAUUCCAUCUGCAUCAUACUGCCCAUUACCAUCUUUUACUGUUUUAUCUUUGUGGUUGGCAUCGUGGGAAACCUGGCCAUCUGUAUUGUGAUUGCCAAGAAUCGGUCGAUGCACACGGCUACCAAUUACUAUCUGUUCAAUUUGGCCGUGUCGGACUUCCUGCUGCUGCUGUUCGGCAUGCCCCUGGAAGUCUACGGUACGUGGUAUCCAUAUGCAUAUCCGUUCAAUCAAGUGGCCUGCAUUAUCACCGGGCUGCUCUCCGAAACGGCCACCAACGCCACUGUGCUGACAAUAACCUCCUUCACGGUGGAACGCUACAUUGCCAUCUGCCAUCCGUUUCGAUCGCACACCAUGUCCAAGCUCUCGCGGGCAAUCAAGUUCGUCAUCGCAAUCUGGCUGAUAGCGUUCGGACUGGCCACCCCCCAGGCGCUGCAGUUCGGCGUGGUGGAAAGUCCCACCACCAGGCUUUGUACGAUCAAAAACCGUCACUUCGAGCACGCGUUCGAGGUGUCCAGCUUUCUGUUCUUCGUCGGUCCGAUGACGGUCAUCGCCGUGCUGUACGUGCUGAUCGGGAUCAAGCUUCGCAAGAGCAAACUGCUACAGGGCGUCAAGCGACAGGGGGUCGGUGCCGGCGGCGGAGGUGGUGGCAGUUGGAAAAGCACCGGUGCCAACGGCGGUGGCCAUCACCACAGCGGCGGAGUGACCACCUACGCCGGGUUCCGUUCCGUCAGCGGCCAGACGCGGGUGAUACGAAUGCUCGUGGCCGUGGUGGCAACGUUCUUUUUCUGCUGGGCACCGUUCCACGCCCAACGACUGAUGGCCGUGUAUGGGGCCGUGACCAACACGGACAAUGAGUUUUUCUUCCAGGUAUACACCUACCUGACGUACAUAUCCGGCAUACUGUACUUUCUGUCCACGUGCAUUAACCCGCUGCUGUACCAUAUCAUGAGUCACAAGUUUCGGGACGCUUCCAGGCGCACCCUAAAACUGAGCUGCUGCGGCGUCGACGCCAAGCGACCCGAUGGCCAAACCCAUACGUACAGCGCCCUCUCCCGGUAUGGCAUAACCGGCAACAAUGGCUCCUUCAAAACGAACGCCAAUGCUCAAUACGGUACGCCAAUAACCGCAAACCGCCCCAGCACGGACAUGCAGCAGUUCUGCCAGCAGGAAUCGGAAAUGUCACUUCUCCGGGGCGAACCCGGUCGUGGUCUGAAGUCCGAGGCGCACUGCGUCUCCAUCAGUAGUCAAUCGACGAUCAUCACCAACCUAAGCCACAGCGGUACCACGCGAUCCGGUGUAGCGUGUAAGCGAGACUGGUGGGAACUAGGCCUAGGCACUGCACUGUACUCACGGGUGCUGCAGACUUGCUCCUCUUCGCUUUGGCCCACACGGCUGCUCCUGCACUACCGUGUGGCCGGAAUAUCGCCGCCGGGACAGCUCGGGAAUGCAAUGGCGGGAUUGUCGGGCCGGUGCUUGGCCGACGGGAACCAGCGGGCGUUGCUGGUUUGUAUUGGGCAUCAGGCGUCUUCCUUCCUUGGCUGA